CUGUCUCCAAAGGGACGCAGCUUGGAGUGUUCGGAGCAGCCAGGCGGCCAGUGCGCAUCCCGCGACGCAACAUCAGUGGAACAGGGGCUAAACUUUCCGUUCACUCAUUACGAUUUGGACACUUUGGGGGAUUUUGCGUGAAAAAAAAAAUGGGUUGCUUUGAGUGCUGCAUCAAAUGCUUAGGGGGGGUGCCAUAUGCAUCGCUCGUGGCUACAAUCCUCUGCUUUUCUGGUGUUGCCCUGUUCUGCGGAUGUGGCCACGUGGCUCUCACCGGAACUGUGACCAUCCUGGAAACUCACUUCUCCAAAGUCACCAGCGAUCACGCCAUGCUGACUGAUGUAAUACAGCUGAUGCAGUAUGUCAUCUACGGGAUCGCUUCAUUUUUCUUCCUGUAUGGGAUCAUUCUGCUGGCCGAGGGCUUCUACACCACCAGUGCAGUGAAGGAACUGCACAGCGAGUUCAAGACCACCAUCUGUGGACGCUGCAUCAGUGGAAUGUUUGUGUUCCUCACAUACAUUCUGGGCGUGGCCUGGCUCGGUGUGUUUGGUUUCUCGGCCGUACCGGUCUUCCUCUUUUACAACAUGUGGUCGACCUGCAACGCCAUGAAGUCUCCCGUGGCCAACCUCACCAACAUCGACUCCAUCUGCGUGGACGUUCGUCAGUAUGGAAUCAUUCCCUGGAAUGCCACACCAGGCAAGGCUUGUGGAUCCACACUCGGUGACAUCUGCAACACCAGUGAGUUCUACCUGUCCUAUCAUCUGUACAUUGUGGCCUGCGCUGGGGCAGGAGCCACUGUUAUCGCUCUGCUGAUCUACAUGAUGGCUACCACUUAUAACUUUGCUGUUUUGAAGUUUAAGAGUCGAGAAGACUGCUGCACUAAGUUUUAAACCUUUUCAGCUCGUACACCGCAACCGAGGCUGUACAGACGUAGACACACACAGCUGCCACUGACAACUAAAAAAAAACAACAAAAAAAGGUUGACAAUAGGACAAACUCUCUCUUAGUGUUCACAUAAACAUGUAAAUAGCUGAUACGUUUCCUGUAGCAUUUUAGUCUGCCGUGAUUUAGUUUGGCAGCGGACGUCGUAUGAGGACGGUUGGUUUGUUCUGCUUUCCUUGGCACUGACCUACAGAACUACAGUAUGUCACAGUUUCUGUGUAGAAAUACAUGGAACAAAUACAAAAAACACACUAGUGUUAUUUAUGCUCCCCAUGUGAUUCCCUACCUGCACUAAUGCAGCGACUGCAUGAGUGUUAAAAAAAACAAAACAAAAACAAUAUUCCGCAUGCAGUAUUUCAGUAUUAUCAAGAAUAAGUAUUAGUUUAAUGAUGUCGAAAUGGGAAGUAUUUGUGCAGGUCUGAAUGGUUUACUUAGACUGGGCUGAGCAUUUAAUGACAGAUAUACAGUAUUAAUGGUGUUUACAGAGUAUAUCGUGGAAAACUGAUCAAGUAGAAGUUUUGGUAAAAUGGGAUACAACUCGCACGUUUGUUGAAGGGGUAGCAGCAGUGGUAGAGUUUGAGUGGUGACGUGUCCUGGCCAUUUAUUUCUGUGGUUUAUUUGCCUUAAAUUUAAAAACCAUGAAACCACUAAGACAAAACCAUCAGUGUUAUAUCUUUUGUCACAGGCUAGAUUAAUUAAAAUGUUUAAAAAAAUCACUCCUAAAAAAAAAAAGAGACUUUUCUCCACUGUGUUUUAAUGCAAAAAGGUAAUAUGAUAUGACCACUUGUUUACUGUUGAUUUCAAAAUAAUGGGUUUUUUUUGUUUGUUUGUUUUUUUUCCAAUGAAAGCUGAUGCUAGUUUAGCCUGAUUAAGUUGAUGGUGUUUUUACACACACACAUAUAUAUAUAUACAUUUUUCUUUUAUUCUCUCUCCAAGUGCCAUUAAAGAGCCAUUUUUUUUAUCUUAACACUGAGCCUGCAUGCUUACAAUUUCCAGAUUCUUUGUUCUGUUUAGAGUUACUUAUACUUUAUCAUAUAUUUCAUUUUCUCCUAAGGUUUUGAAGACUGUAGCUUUUACAUGAUAUAUAAAUAAACAAUCUUUGUUUACAAAAA